AUUGACAAGAAAGACCCCAUCCCUCCACAUCCACCAUGAGGCAAGCGCUCAAACAGAGAGUAAGCGAGAGGUUUUAGUUUAGCCAAAAUCUGUCCAAAAUAAGCCCAAUGCGUUUCCAUUUAUUUUGCACCUCAACUUGUUGCCUGCCUUCCCGUCCUCGGGACAAGGACUCCCAUUGUUAGGGCGGAGGGAUUAUCAUCUCGUCAUUAUAUACAGAUCUCUAGCUCAGCUAUCCACGGAUGAACAAGACGACAGCAGAAUCCAGCUGAUCACUGACAGGACCGCAAGGGCAAGAACAGCUCGAGACCAGAGGCAGCGCGCAUGGACACGGAUGUGUUGUUGGCAACAUUACGCAGCACAAGAGUGGUGGAAAGUACUCGAUAGAGUCGAUAGUGGGCGAAUUAUAACACAUUUGGCUUACAAGUGUGUGUCCACAUACCUAAAUGUAAUUUUAAACCUUUAUUCUACACACCAAAUUGUUUUAUUUUCAUCAGAGUCGAUUAUGUAGCUUACCGUUCCCUUUCGACGGAAUUCCAGGCAUCAUCUACAUUAUUCCAGAACCGCCGGCAUCAGAAAGACUUCUCUUCACAAACGACAGUUGAAGAAGUCACGACGAAGACAGGAAAACACUGAAAUGUGUAGCCAACAGGGAUAUUUAAGAGUGUGAAAACUUCCUCAACGCAACACGAAGCUGCUCUUUCAGUUUUUUUUGUUGUUCUAGAGUAGAGAAAAUGAUUCCACCGGCUAACAUCAUGCAGGACGAGAGUUUGGGCAAGAACGAGCGCGAUCAGCACGAGACACCUCAGUCACCAGCGCCCAGUGCUAGUCAACAGGAGACAAAGAUGCAGAAGCUGAAGCGCUCCUUUUCCUUCAAAACCAAGAGAAUGCGCAGCAAGAGCGCAGACAAUUUCUUCCAGCGCAACAACAGUGACGCCAAGCUGUCGACAGAGCUGCUCUCGGACAACAGCAGCAUCACAGGCCAAAUGAGCAUCAUCGGGGUUACGGUGGCCAAUCCCGUCCACCCUGUCCACCAUGCCCCCCCUCGCUCAACCUCCAACCUGGUGAUCUCUAAUGCGCCCCCGGCCAUCCCAUGUGCCCCCCCUUCCUUGGUCUACUCCCCGGGGCGCCACCCCCUCGCCAUCGACCCCACCGGACACGGCUUCAUGGAGCACAUCUUUAAGAAGCCCACCUUCUGCGACGUCUGCAACCACAUGAUCGUAGGCACCACCUCCAAGCAUGUGGUGAUGCUGGCAGGCAACACAGCCAAGCAUGGCCUUCGCUGCAAAGCCUGCAAGAUGAGCAUCCACCACAAGUGUGAGAAAGGAGUGGGAUCGCAACGCUGCCAAGGCAAGCUGCCAAAGGGCUUUCGACGGUACUACAGCUCCCCACUGCUGAUAACGGAGCAGUUUGGCUACAUCAAAGAAGUCAUGCCCAUUGCUUGUGGCAGUAAAGUGGACCCUGUGUAUGAAGCUCUCCGGUUCGGGACGUCUCUGGCACAGAAGAACAAGAGGGCCAGUGGCUUUGAGUCCCCCCACAGAAACUCUACCAGUGACUUGGCCCAGGUUCCAGAAGAGGCCGUCGCUCACAGCAGUCAACAUGAACUCACCAGGAAGCACAGUGAUAAUGUGUUUACAUCACUUGAGAACGGGAUGGAGCCCAUUCCCUAUUGCCAUGUGGCUGAGAGGAAACCUGAUGAUUCACCGGAGAGGAGACUGCUGCAGAAGGACAUACUGCAGCUCAACACCUAUGUGGCUUUGUUCACAUUCACACCCCAGGAAAGUGAAGACCUGGAGAUGAGACCCGGAGACAGAAUCGUACUGGCAGACGACUCCAAUGAUGAUUGGUGGAAGGGCGUAAUCGAGGACAGGAUUGGUUUCUUCCCAGCAGCCUUUGCUCACCAGGUGAAGGACGGGGACAGAGUGUUCAGGUGUCACCGGACGUUCAUCGGCUGCAAGGAGCAAGGCCAGAUCACCCUGAAGGAAGGACAGAUUUGUGUAAGCGGUGAGGAUGAACACAGCGGCUUCAUCCGAGUGGCCAGUGGAAAGAAGAGAGGCUACGUGCCCUGUGAUGUCCUGGAGAACAUCUGAGAGAGAGAGAGAGAAAGCGAGAGAGAAAGCGAGAGAGAAAUAGAAAGAGCCGGAGAGAGAUGAUGAGAGGAAGAGAAGGAGAGAGUGGAGGGAGGAGAGGCACAGUCGCACACUCCAUUGGUGUACAGGGAUGGCUCUGACAGUAGUUUUGAUCAGCUGCCAACCUCCCUGGCGCGAAGAGGACGAUUGUAAUUACAAAAUGGCCAUCUGAGACCAUGGAGGAAGCCCUCUGUUGAGCUAGGACUCUAAACUUCAAAAUGUUGCUGUUGGCAUUAAGGGAGUGGCUUUGUCAGAAGUCAAAGCCAACCUUCCCCAUUUCCUUUAAGUCUGAAUGGGAACAUGUUGAGACGGAUCAAAUAACCUGAAUUUCUGGUCACAAUAACCCCACUCUCCCUCCUUGUAUCACUGAAUUUGGUUUGAUUUGGAUUUUGGGAUUUUUGGUUUGAUUUUGUUUGAUUUAAAGAACUGCCGUACAUCGUUUGUUCUUUGUGUGACUUCCCAUUGGAGAAUACAGCUGACACAUCAUGCAUGAAUUUACUGAAUUCAUGCUUGCUUUUUUAGCGUCAGCUGCAGUAUGUUUCAAUGACCUGUUUAUCCUAUGCCCAAAUGUUCAAACACUUGUUCUCUAUAUCAAAUAGUUGCCUAUAGGCCUAGAUAAUAAUUGACAUUACUUACAAACAGGAUAAAUCCCUUUUUCUUCUAUGCUUGUACAAUGGCUCCACUGAGCCUUGAUAGGCUCUAGCUCACAAUUAAAAGCUCAUUCUCCUGAGACAUGAGUUAUUUUAUCAGACCCUCUGACACAAAGAAUUCAAUGGUUUUGUCACUGGAGAGGAACAACAAAAAUAAUCGGACGAAGCAGAAAUGUGUCGAUUCUGAGGGGAGUGUUAUUCAAAGGAGUCAGACGGAAUCAGAGGAAUUCCUUUUCUUUCAAAGAAAUGCUGUAGUCUUUUGCACAAAUCUAGCUAGUGAUGUAUCUAGUCUAGCUGCUUACCCAUCGAAAGACAGAGCUUUGCAUAAAAAAAUUCAGCCUCAUGAAAACACCUUUCUAAAAACCUGUCAAAGAAAUUCUUUGAAUAUUUGAAAACAACGAAUACCUAAUUUGCUAGUUGAAGUCUGAUGAUAAUGUUCUCUUCAGGUAGCUUGUCAUGAUAUAUAGUUUCUUGUUUUUAUUUGUAAAGGAUAAUGGAUUUGAUAAAGAGAGGAUGGGAAUUUACUAUAGUAAGUGGGCAACCUUUCAUACGUGGUUAGAUACAUUGUAUUUGAAUGUAUGUCGUCAAAUCUGCAUACCUGUUAUUUCAAGGUAUUUGAUCACAAUCCUUUCAGUGAAACUCAAGUUAAUGGGAGUAUAGGACAUCUAGAGUAUAGAAAUGAUACAGUAUCUUCAGAGCAUGAGGUACAUGACCUUUGGCUUUGAUUUACAUUCAUGUAUGCUUACUCCAAUUGCACUAAAUGGUCACUCCGAUAUGGCUAUAGCCUUAUUCCAAUGUAAACUUUCUAGCAAAUAUUGAACAACAUUUUAUGUCAGAUCAAGACAUGCUUGUUGAGAUGUAACUUAAAUCUAUUUAUCCCUUUUAAUGUUAAUGUUAUCACAGUCCGGGGCUAUUCCUUUCUCUUCGCUGAGAUGUUCUUUUAAGAUUUCUUGUUCAUCCACAUUCAUAUUUGUUUUCUGUUUUAAAAUAUCGUUAUAAAAUGAACUGUUAAA